ACACGCCGCCAACCAACACUCGCUUCCGAGCCGUCCACGGAGACUUUCGAUGCUGCGAGCUGCAGCCAAAAAAAGUUUCAGUUCGUCAACCCAGGAAAAGAAGGAGAACAAAACUUGUUUGGACAAAAGGAUUACACGUUGCAUCAGGAAACAUGACUUGAGCAUCUAGUGGCGAGAAUAAUGUUUGAAGAGGAAAAGGCUUCAAGGUAGCCUGCCAUGUUGUUCCCCAGCAUAGUCGCUGCGGCCGCGCUCAAAGCGGGCUUCGCCCUCUUGGGCACCGGCCUCUGGACUCUGCCCCUACUCAUCAUGGGGCUCGCGUACUACAGAUACGACGCCCUGGACCCCGAGAACCAUCCGAUCGACCGGCCCAUUCUGCUGCCCGAGUACGACUUCAUCGUGGUGGGCGCGGGGUCGGCAGGGGCCGUGGUGGCCUCGCGCCUCAGCGAAGUGCCCGAGUGGAAGGUGCUGCUGCUGGAGGCCGGCGGCCACGAGUCCGAGAUCACCGACGUGCCCUCGCUGGCCGCCUACCUGCAGCUCAGCAAAAUCGACUGGGCCUACAAGACCGAGCCGACGGGCCAGGCGUGCCUCGCCAUGAAGAACGGCCAGUGCAACUGGCCCAGGGGCAAAAUCCUCGGCGGCUCCUCGGUGCUCAACUACAUGCUCUACGUCCGCGGCAACAGGCACGACUACGACCUGUGGGAGAGUUUGGGCAACCCCGGAUGGAACUACGAAAACGCGCUGCACUACUUCAAAAAGUCCGAGGACAACCGCAACCCGUACCUGGCGAGGACGCCGUACCACUCCUCGGGAGGGUACAUGACGAUCCAGGAGGCUCCGUACCGCACCCCUCUGGUGGUGGCGUUCGUCAAGGCGGGCACCGAGAUGGGCUACGAGGAGCGGGACAUCAACGGCGAGCACCAGUGCGGCUUCAUGGUGGCGCAGGGCACCCUCCGCAGGGGCUCCCGCUGCUCCACGUCCAAGGCCUUCCUCAGGCCGGUGCGCCUGCGCAAGAACAUCCACGUCGGACUCAACGCCCACGUGACCAAAGUGCUCAUCGACGCGGAAACGAGACGCGCGUACGGCGUCGAGUUUUACAGAAACGGCAAGAGACAGGUGGUGUUUGCGAGGAAGGAGGUUAUUUUGUCUGCGGGCGCCAUCACCUCGCCGCACCUGCUGAUGCUCUCGGGCGUCGGCCCGAAGCCGCACCUCGAAGCCAACGGCGUCGCCACCCUCGUCGACUCGCCCGGCGUCGGCUCCAACCUGCAGGACCACGUGGGUCUGGGCGGGCUGACCUUCCUGAUCGACAAGCCGGUGGCGAUCGUGCAGGACCGGCUGAACGCGGUGCCCAUCACGAUGGACUACGUGCUGAACGAGCGCGGCCCGAUGACGAUGCUGGGCGGCGUCGAGGGGCUGGGCUUCGUGCGGACGCCGCUGAUCGCCGCCAACCUGUCGGCCGACGUUCCCGACAUCCAGUUCCACUUCGCGCCGGCCAGCGUCAACUCGGACAACGGCGCCAGGGUUCGAAAGGUGCUGGGCCUGUCCGAGCGGACGUACCGCAAAAUGUACGCGCCGAUCGCCAACAAGGACAGCUUCACCAUCAUCCCGUUGUUGCUGCGGCCAAGGUCGCGCGGGGUGAUCCGCCUCAAGAGUGCCAACCCCUUCGAGUACCCCUACAUCGACCCCAACUACUUCUCCGACCCGUUCGACCUGGCCACGCUGCGCGAGGGCGUCAAGAUCGCCGUCGAGCUGGGCCAGAGCAAGUCCUUCCGGCAGUUCGGGACGCGGCUGCACAACAUCCCGAUGCCCGGCUGCGAACACUUGCGCUUCGCCUCGGACGAGUACUGGGAGUGCUGCAUCCGCCACUUCUCCAUGACCAUCUACCACCCGGUGGGCACCGCCAAGAUGGGGCCCGAGCAGGACCGCGAGGCCGUCGUCGACCCGCGCCUCCGCGUCCACGGCGUCCAGGGCCUCAGGGUCAUCGACGCCUCGGUCAUGCCCACCAUCGCCAGCGGCAACACCAACGCGCCCGUCAUCAUGAUCGGCGAGAAGGGCGCCGACUUGAUCAAACAAGACUGGAACGUAAUCAACGAGAGUUACUACUUGAGGAGGUGAACGAGCCGAACAAACUUUUGAACAUUGAACUCAGUGUUACCAUUAGAAUUAUGAACUUGAUUGAAUUCAGCAGAUUCGUGUUGUAAAAAUGGUUCCAUCUAGUCGAUGAUGUUGAGAUAAUUAUACGCCAUACCAACCAUACUCGGUGACCUUUUAUACCUCUACGACCCUUCGAAAUCAAUAUAAAAGAUGCCGAUACAAAUUCUGUUUAGAAAAUGGAAACUUUCUUGCAAUUGAAAUCCAUUUAAUAAAAUCUGAUUUUGCAAGAAAGGUUUCCAAAAAGCCU